GAGACUGGGAGAGUGCUCUCUUUUGACCAUAUUUUUUGUGGAAAGCUUUUUAUUAUUUUAAUGUUUUAAAUUAUAAGUAGAGUGCAUGCAUUUAGGUUCUGAAAUAACUUCGUAGAAUGUGGAACCUAUUCUGAUUCAGGCACUCUUGCACAAUCUUUAUAUAUAUAUAUAUAUAUAUAUAUAUAUAUAUAUAUAAUGUAUUUCCUAUUAUCUCAACUGUUUAGUGAGAUAACUGGAGUAGCUGAUAGGAUGCCGCAUUGAUUGUCAUGCAAUGUAUUAUAUACGGCAGUUAUAACUGUACUUUGAGAUAAUAUCGUUGCUUGAUGAUGCAUGUUGAUUAUUGGUUUACAAUUAUUCAAUAAAUUAAGAGAGAACUACAAAUCAGUGCAUUAAUUUGAUUGUGGAUAUUGUUUGGCUUUCGGUAAUUGCAUAAUAAAAAGCAUGAGUUGGCGCACACCCAGAGAAAAUUAUUUUGUGUAAAGGUGCUGACCAAUGGCGAAUAAACUGUAAACUAUAAAAAAUAAAGAGUCGCACCCUCUAUAUAUAUCCCAGUAAUUUAUUGGGUAAAACACCAACGUUUCGGCAUUACUGUGCCUUCUUGAGGGUAAUUGCACACACAAACAAGCAGAACUGUUACUGACUAACAUUGCGUAGAUGAUUUUGGGAGUGGUGGGACGUUCUAACAAAAAAAAAAUCUGACUUGGUUCUCCUGUGGAACUGAUGCUGUUCCACUGUGGCAUUUCUGAUUGGAUGGACGUUUUUCUGGGACACGCACUGGCCAAUGAGAGAAGUUUUACGUGUGUAUGCAUGAUAUCUAGCUAUGGAUCAUUAUUCAAGAAAAUACUAAAUGUUUUCAACAAUGGACCCUAUAUCAAGGGAAGAUGGAAAGAAUAUCAAAAUUUAGAAAUUAAAUGAAAAAUAACUCCAUAUGGGUCUGACUAAUGCUUUAUCACCUGCUCUAUGGAGAUUACCCCAUGCACCUCUUUUCUUUCAGAAUGAAAAGCGAAAACCUUGACAUCAGUAUGAAAACAUUUCAAGGUUUCUAUAGCUGCUCGAGAACCAGAAGACAGAAAGGAUGUGGGUGACCAACGUCGUAUAUCUGUGCCUGUUGGCAGUUGCGGCCUCCGGAGAAGACAAGAAGAAGCUGAGCAGCCAUGCCACCACCAUGGCUGACAAGAGCGCCAACCUGGCCUUCAGUCUCUACCACACGGUGGCCAAGGAGAAGGGCCUUGACAACAUCCUGAUAUCCCCUGUGGUGGUGGCCUCCUCCCUGGGCAUGGUGGCCCUCGGGGGCAAGGCAUCCACUGCCUCCCAGGUCAAGUCUAUCCUCAGCGCUGACGCCCUGAAGGAUGAGCACCUGCAUACAGGCCUGUCAGAGCUCCUGACUGAGGUCAGCGACCCCAAGACCCGUAACAUCACAUGGAAGAUCAGCAACCGCCUCUACGGCCCCAGCUCGGUCACCUUCGCCGAAGACUUUGUGAAGAGCAGCAAGAAGCACUACAACUACGACCACUCCAAGAUCAACCUCAGGGACAAGAGGAGCGCAGUGAACUCGCUCAACGAAUGGGCUGCCAAGUCGACAGACGGCAAGCUGCCUGAGAUCACCAAGGAUGUGCAGAAUGCUGACGGAGCCAUGAUCGCCAACGCUAUGUUCUUCAAGCCUCACUGGGAUGAGAAGUUCCAUGAGAAGAUGGUAGACAACCGUGGCUUCCUGGUGACCCGUUCAUUCACAGUCUCUGUUCCCAUGAUGCAUCGCACUGGUCUCUAUAAGUUCCAUGAUGACACAGAGAACAGGUUGUUUGUGCUGGACAUGCCCCUGGGCCAGAAGCAGUCCAGCCUGGUGUUCAUCAUGCCCUAUCACCUGGAGCCCCUUGACAGGCUGGAGAAGCUGCUGACCCGCAAGCAGCUGGAAACCUGGAUGGGCAAGAUGGAGGAGAGGGCCGUGGCCAUCUCUCUGCCCAAAGUCAGCGUGGAGGUUAGCCACAACCUCCAGAAAACUCUUGGUGAACUUGGUCUGACCGACGCUGUGGACAAAACCAAGGCCGAUUUGUCCAACAUCUCUGGCAAGAAGGACCUUUACCUCUCCAACGUUUUCCACGCCUCUUCCAUGGAGUGGGACAUCGAGGGGAACCCCUUCGACACCAGCAUCUUCGGAAGCGAGAAGCUGAGGAACCCCAAGUUGUUCUACGCUGACCAUCCCUUCAUCUUCCUGGUGAAGGACAACAAGACCAACUCCAUCCUCUUCAUCGGCAGAAUGGUGCGACCCAAAGGAGACAAGAUGCGUGACGAGUUAUAAAAGUUAAUGGAUAGUUUGAGAGUUAAGGUUACUGAUUGAAUCAUGCCAGGAAAUAGUAUGUGUACAGAAUGUGUAUUAUGGUAUGACUGUUACCUCAAGAACACAUUCCAAUAGGUCAUCUGUGGACUGAAUAUCUGGGCCUUAAUUAAGCACUCCCAGGGAACAGGAGUGUAUACGUUCGAAUGAAUGCUGUUUGGCCUUUGCAAUGCGCCAUAAUUAAUAACGUUGUUAAAGUCUGCAUUUGAACACAUUUCAGGAAAAAGCCAAACACCACAAGUGCCUUUUUAGAGUACCUGAACAUUGAAUAGCAGACGACCCGACAGCAUGCUUAUAUUAAGUAUGAUCGCUCUUAUUUUUGCCUUCCAUAAAAUCUGACAUUUUCCACCAUUCUUUUCACCAGUAUAGGUUUGGCUUCUCUCUCUUAUUUUGAGUUUGUGAUAUGUGUGGUUAGUUGCAUUAUCUUUAAUGUUUAAAGAAAAAAAGAUUGUUGCAGAAGUGUACUACAAGCUAAUUUCAUGUGUUACUGUCUUCCACUUUCCACCAUGCAAAGUACAUUUCUCAUGCUUUCACAGUUGUUUUAGCCUCCCAGCUGCACUGAAACUGUUCCUCGGCACUCUUUGAUUUAAUUGAAUUAUCAAUGCCAUUUGCCAAUCAAACUGUGUGACUUUUUAUUUUGUAGGCAUUUACCACAAAACCUUGGAAUGUUACCAUAAUGCAAUGUUGUGUCCUUUUGACUAUUUUUCAAUAAAAAGAAACAUAAAAUGAA